GCAUAUGAAUAUGAACGAGAAGUCUCUCUGCGCUCGCAGUCCGAGCAGUAGCCCGACGCACGGUUGCGACAAAGAAAGGCAGGAGAACAUCUCAUAAUCAUCGAAACAGUACGAAGGUAUACACGAAACGCGAAAGUAUAGACAAAAGUAAAGAACAGAAUAUCAACAACAAAAGACGGCGACUACCACAACGAUGGACAUUUUCAAAAUUAUAUUCGCGAUUGCUUUGAUGAUAGAGAUCUCUUCAGCUGCCCGGGAACCUUCCAGGCGCCACCAGCUGCUGCAGUUCGUCUUGCCCAAACACAGGCAAUGCAUUCGAAUAUUUAUGAUGUUGCAGGAGCCGUGGCACUUGAACGUAUUGCGUGACCUCGAAGGUCUGGUCGACAAUGAUAGUGGGGAAUAUUCGCCCAUAUAUGACAUCUACAAGGACUCUAUUGAGGGAUUUCUGGAAGCCUUCACAGUCUACUCCAAGGACGAUCAGAAUUGCGCCAAAGCAGAGCACCUCGUCGAAGCAAUCGCCAAAACAAGGGAGCUCCUCUUUGCCACCGAAGAUCCCAAAUUCCAAAAGGUCCUCCAACGACACAGUCUGGACCCACUCGAUGUGUACGAGCACUACACCCUGGAGUUUUACGAUCGCUUCGCCAGGGAAUUCCUCAACUACGAAAGCAGUCUCAGCAAGGCGGAGGAGGAGAGGGAACAACAUCUGAUCAAGUGGUUCGACAAUUUCAUCGAGGAGAAAGACUUCCUGGAGAAAACCCAAAAGUUUGUGAAGUUCUUCGACUUCUUUGAGGACGAAAUGAAAUACGAUACGUCCAUAUGCAAGUGUUUACUGUGAACAAAGAGAAUUGUACCUAUUUUAAUAAUUUGAUAAAUACCAAUAAAGUGAAGUUAAUAUGACCACACAA